AUGAUGGCCAAACUGUUCCGAGCUGUGAUCAUGGGUCCACCAGGCUCUGGGAAGGGGACCAUUUCCGAAAGAAUUGCGCAGAGCUUUGGCCUCAAGCAUCUGUCCAGUGGCGACUUUCUUCGGGAGAAUAUAGCUGCAAACACAGGUUGGCCUAUUCUUGAUAGGUUACUCACCAUCAAUGUAUCUAUUUAUAAUUUACCCUUUAUCAAUCUAUGUUUACUUUAUUUAUUUUCUCAUUAAUGUAUAUAUAUAGCCAUUUAAUUUGCCACAUAUUUGUCUUCACCUCCAGCAGCCUAAGCCUGUUGUCGGAGCUUUCACUUCUGUAAAUUCCAACAAUAUUGUAACACCAGCAGAGGCCCAAGUUCAGGCGAGGUGAAGAGUGGCUUCCAUGUUGGCACCAUGCCGGACUGUAGCCAAUAACAGUGGAGCAUUUCUCCAGGCAGGAAACCACUAUAGUCCAAGCCACAAAAACAUUAGUGAAAGUUAGACGCGAUGGCAAACCUACUACUAUCUGAUAAGUAACUAAAAUGGUCCACAUUCAAAUACACAUAUUAAAUGGUUUAAAAAAAUCCCAGUUAUAAAGAGUUUACUUUGUUUAAUUAUAGUAUCUGCUAUAGGCUGUGGCUGGUAGAAACUUUUUUAUAGUGUGUUCAAGAUCUUGUUCAUCAUGUUAUAAAGCUGUUAUAACGUUUCUCCUAAUUACCUUGCUGUUAUAACAAUGCUGCAUCAGAAUACCUCCUUCAUUAUAUUAAUGGGUGAUGUUUGUAACUUCUAUGAGUUGGCUUCUCUGAGCCCAUUAAAUGGAGCCUAUUUUAAUCAGAACGUGUGCCCAGCUCUUUAGCCCAUGUGUAUGCUUGUAAUUACAGUUGUCAGUACUGCUUUAAGGCCAUGCCUUACUAAACUAAACCCAGUUUCCAGACUUACUAUACUGGAGUUAUUUACAGUACAUAGGCCUAUAGUAGCUCUUGUAUAAACACAUCAUACUCUGUAUUGAACCAUAGAGAUCUUCAGUUUAAUUUAACAAUGGUAUGCUUUGGCUUUAUGUACUUCUAUUGUUGCCACUGUAACAACAUUGUCGUGAUCCAGAUUGGUCAGAAGGUCAUUCAAUUAUUGAUGACUGUAGUUUAGAGACUGUAGUUUUGUCCGGAGAUCCGUCUUAGAUGCGAGUUAUGUGACUGACUGCUGUGAAUAAAGCAGGGGAAACAACAGGGAUAGAAAGCAGGGUGAAUGGGUAAUCGCUUAGGUGUUGAAGUAACUGUCCAGUGAAAAUGUCACUUUUAAAAGAUAAUAUUCUGUUAACACAUACCCAAAUAAUGUUGUUGAGUCGUCCUAUACUCAUAUUUGUGGCCAAAGCAUAAAUCUCAAACAGACCGUUUAAAAAAUGCUUGCUAUUUCCUCAUAAAGUAUGAUGUCAUACUCCUGAAGAGGAUGAGCUUAACGUAGCAGGUUAGGAGAAUUAGGUUAUGGUUAGGAAAAGGGUUAGGUUAGCGAAAAUGCUCUCCUAACCUGCUACGAAAAGUCACUUCCAGUUGUAGAUGUAUCGAAGUGGUGUGUUUUUAGGGAGUCCCCUGGCCAAUCAGCGGUCUACUCGCUUGAAUAUUUUUAAUGAUCGGUAUAUGCCCACACCAUUCUGUUGUUGGGGUAUGCCCACAUAAUUCCAAAACAGAAAAGCUGCUUUUUAACAUAAUUAAUUACAAUUCUUUGGAAGGAAAACUAUUUCACUCAUAUUGUAAGUAAUUAUAGGUCAUAUUUCAUAGAAAUCUGGAAACACUGGACAAUUACUUUAAAACCAUAAAGGAUAUUCCUGGCUGGGUUUGCUCUGCCCCCCUGCCUCUAGCCAAAAGUCCAGCUCUCUUAUUAGAAAUGUUUCAAAGCGUAUUCAUGCUUUUUACUUAUCGGGUAUCAUCUUCUUCUUCUUCUUCUUCUUCUUCUUCUUCUUCUUCUUCUUCUUCUUCUUCUUCUUCAUCAUCUCUCUCCUCCCUCCACAGAGGCUGGUGUUCUAGCUAAGACCUACAUAGAGAGGGGUCUGAUGGUGCCGGACCAUGUGAUGACACGGCUCCUACUGCCCAGGCUGGAGGAGAUGACCUGCCACAGCUGGCUGAUGGAUGGUAAGACCACUCACACACACACACACACACACUCACACACACACACACACACUCACACACACACACACACACACUCACACACACACACACACACACACACACACACACACACACACACACACACUCACACACACACACACACACACACACUCACACACACUCACACACACACACACACACACACUCACACACACAUACACACACCUGAUUGAGUUUACUGUUAAAUAUGACCAUCGUCCAGACAGUGUAAGAUAUCAUGUCAAACAUUGACUGAAUAGGUUUGUGUCUGACCCAGAAACCAGCUGAAACAGGCCAGACAGGCAGCAGGCCAAGGUCUGUAAACAGUAGUGCAAUUUUACAUCCUAAACUAGCCUCACAGCCAGGUCAGCAGAACCAGUUCCCAGGGAGGAGGAGUUGGAUAAAUGCAGUAUUUGCAAUAUGUCUACCAAUUUCAUAUCAGUGUAGGGUAAAGGGAGACAUAAGGAUGUUGUGUUUGGACGUUUUAUGAUGUCACACAAAAUACAUUAAUAUUUUCCUCAAAGUUGUUGUGCAGGAGCAGUGUGAGAUUCACAUGCGCACGCACACACACACACACACACACACACACACACACACACACACACACACACACACACACACACACACACACACACACACACACACACACACACACACACACACACACACACACAUACUUGUAAACAAGACUUGAUGGGGAAACAUGUCAGACACACACACAUACAAACACACACCCUCUCCUCAGUCUCCCUCAUCCCUCUCUUCUGUCCUCCAGGGUUUCCCUGUACCCUAGCCCAGGCCAAGGCUCUGAACAGUACCUGUGACCUGGACCUGGUCAUCAGCCUCAACAUCCCUUAUGAGACCCUGAAGGACAGGCUGAGUGACCGCUGGAUCCACCCAGCCAGCGGCAGGGUCUACAACAUGGGCUUCAACCCUCCACGUGUACAGGUCCGGAAAUACUGUAGUGAUUCUCUCCUUUUAAUCACCAGUGACAGUCUUCUGGUUAGUCUGUCUGUUCCCCCCAGAGCCCAGCACUAAGCAAUGGUUUCUACAGAAGGCUGUGAAAAUACGGUACCAGAUUCUCUUGUAUUUGUUUAUGAUCAGUACAAUCUUUUAAUGAUAUGAAUGUGAGGGGUUCAAGACAACUCUCUGUGAGCUGUGUACAGUUUUCAUCAGUAUACGUCAUUGCUGUAAGAAUCUCUCUGUGUUGUGUUGUCCCUCCAGGGCAGGGAUGACCUCAGCGGAGAGCCUCUGAUCCAGCAUGAUGAUGACCAACCAGAGGCUCUAGUGGCCAGACUGAGGCACUACAAGGACGUGGCCAAGCCAGUCAUAGACCUGUACAAGUAUGUCCACUCUUCACGUCACUGACAUAUUUUUAAAAGUACUGUGUAAGUAGCUUGCCCUGUAAAGUCUAGUCUAAUCUUGUGUAGUCAGUUUAUCAUUAAUGUCCAAUCAGAAAUACUGUACCCACCUUUGUACUCUCUCACCAUUGCUCAUUUAAGGUUUUUGGCCAUACUUUACGUUCUUACAUGGAAAUUGCAGAUAAAGUACAUACAACUGAUCAGUUACAUAGUAAUUACAAUGUAGUUACAAUAUUAUUAUAAUGUUAUUACAAUAUAAUGUAUUUAAGCUACAUGGUAUCUAUGCAACUAUACAUCUAAAGUGUGACCUUAUUUUCCUCCCCAGGUCAAAGGGCAUCCUGCACAUGUUCUCUGGCACAGAGACCGACAGGAUCUGGCCUUACAUCAACUCUCUUCUCAGCACUAAGAUCCCUAGCAGACCUGAGACAGACACACAGCACAUCCCACUGCCCUGA